AUGACGUCUUCAUCUUCUCAAAAAUCCGUUGGAUCUUCAAACAUAGAUGCAGACCAAGCACCAAUCAAAAAAGUACAAAUUGCUGGAGAUGGUGGUGAAUUUGUUAUUAUCAACCGUCACAAGUACUACAGACAUGACUUGAUGGCAGCUUUCGGUGGUACUUUGAACCCAGGUGCUUCUCCUUGGCCAAAGAUCAAUAUCAACCCUGCACCUCUCGGUUUGUGUGGGUUUGCCAUGAGCACAUUUGUCUUAUCCCUCUACAAUGCACAAGCUAUGGGUAUCAAAAUUCCUAAUGUGGUUGUUUCACUUGCAUGUUUCUAUGGAGGUGCAGCUCAAUUUCUUGCUGGAUGUUUUGAGUUUAUUACUGGGAAUACAUUUGGUAUGACUGCAUUAACAUCUUACGGGGCUUUCUGGUUGAGUUAUGCUGCCAUCUUGAUUGAUAAUUUUGGUAUUGUCGCCGCUUAUGAAGCUUCUGAAGAAACAGCUCCACAAUUGGCAAACGCUAUUGGAUUUUUCUUACUUGCGUGGGCUAUCUUUACGUUUAUGUUGUGGUUGAAUACAUUGAAAUCUACUGUCACUUUUAGUUCCUUGUUUUUCUUGUUGUUUGUAACAUUCCUUUUGUUAGCUGGUGGUGAAUUUAGUGGGAAAGUUGGUGUCACAAGAGCUGGUGGUGUUUUUGGUGUGAUUACAGCCAUUGUUGCUUGGUGGAAUGCCUUGGCCGGUACGGCUACUCCAACCAACUCUUACUUCCAACCUGUUUCUAUUCCGUUGCCAGGUAACGUUGUAUUUAAGAAAUAG